GCGAAAGCCGUCAGCUUAGCGAGCGCAUUGUGACAAGCCCGCAUUCAGCAUACAUAACCGCCGUGAGCCCAAGGCAUGGCUGCAGACGAGUGCAUACAGAAAUGCAAGUGGUCGUCGCGAGUUAGGCGCACCACCCACAAAGCCAUGUGGCCCGGAUGACCAGCAAUGCUGCUGGCUGCUGGUUUGACGCUGGGCAGGAAAGAACAUCAACACCACUGCAGUCCAUAUCAUGAAGAGUUGGUAUGGGCACGGUAACGCACCUGUCGCGCGUCGGCAGGCUCCCGCAGGCAGUCGCUUUCUGACCACUGUCUUCGUUAGCCUCAUCCUCAUUACUGGAUUGGACACUUUCUUUCCUGGCCUCAAGCAUCAGUUCAUUCCACAGCCUGACCAGCUUGGCAGUCGGCCACAGUCAGCGACCAGUAACGCCUCGAAAUCAUUUGAAUGGUCUCAGAUUGCACCCAAGAAACACCUCGAGUUCCAUAAGUGCUUCGAGAAGUUCAAGUGCGCGAAACUGAGUCUUCCUCUCGACUACUUCAACAGCACUAAUGGCACGUUUUUGAGCAGCACGGUCAGUGUUGCCAUUGUAAAGCUGCCUGCAGAGGUGCCAAUCGAUGACCCUCGAUAUGGAGGCCCAAUCUUGCUCAACCCAGGUGGUCCGGGAGGCUCUGGAGCAUUGUUCGCACUCAUGGCAGCAGAGUCGAUACAGUGGGUUGUCGAUUCAGCUUCUGAUCCCGCAGAGAUCGUCAAGGACUCUCGCUACUUUGAUGUGAUUGGGUUUGAUCCCCGUGGUAUUGGCGAGACUGAGCCGGCCGCGACAUGCAUAUCUGAUCCCGCCGCAGCAUGGUCCUGGAGACUGCGAGAGACUGAAGAAGGUAUCCUGGGCAGCUCAGAUGCCGCACUUGGCCGACUGUGGUCCAAGACCCAUGCCUUGGGUUCCUCCUGCAAGCUGGCCAUGGAAAGUGAAGAUGGUCCAGACAUCAAACAAUUCAUGACUACUGCUUUCGUUGCUCGAGACAUGCUGGAGAUCAUCGAACUUCAUGCCAAAUACAACGCACAUGAAAUUGCUCAAGCCACACACAAUACUGGGCAACGUGCUGGCUGCCGCAAUACUGCACUGGCGCACUAUACCCCGGGAGAAGCCAAGCUGCAAUACUGGGGUUUCUCUUACGGAACACUGCUCGGCUCCACAUUUGCUUCUAUGUUCCCAGAUCGUGUUGGUCGCGCAGUGCUCGAUGGCGUUGUCAACGACUGGGACUACCAUCACUCCUUGGGCAACGGCAGUCUGAUCGAUAACGAUAAAGCCAUGGAGUCGUUUUACUCUUACUGUCUGAACUCUGGAUACGAAGAGUGCCCUCUGAGUGGUAACGCUACCACCACUGCAGAGAUCAAGAACAACACGAGAAGGAUUCUGAAGAGGCUGUACCACAACCCGUACAUUCUCAGCUCAGCAGAGGGCCCGGAAGUAGUUACCUAUUCUGACAUUAAGUCUACUAUCUUCAGCAGCAUCUAUCAACCUCAGCACAGUUUCAAGCCGCUUGGCUUUCUUCUGCCACAGAUCGAAAAUGGUGGCGGCGAUUUGAUCGACUACAUAUCGAAACCCUUCCGACUGGCUCAUACGUUCUCGUGCGGUGUCAAUAGCACGGUCAACCCUGGUAUCUCUUACACCAGCGAUGUUCCAACCUUUGCUAUCCUAUGCGCAGAUAGUGUCGACCAGUCCAAUCUCACCAUCGACGAAUUCACUGAGUACUGGCACCUCCUGCAGAGCAUUUCCUCGGUAGCUGGCGACUUAUGGUCGUUCCUCAUGUUAAAAUGUGCAGCUUGGAACAUCCGCGCGAACUACAGAUUCGAUGGGCCGUACGGCGGCAAUACCAGCCAUCCGAUCUUGUUCAUCAGCAACACCGCCGACCCGGUGACACCACUGAAAAGCGGAAGGAUUAUGCACUCCAAAUUCCCCAACAGCGGACUUCUUGUCAAUGACCAGGCUGGACACUGCUCCUUCUCGGCGACCAAUCUGUGUGCCUACGAGAAGAUCAGGACUUACUUCCAGACUGGCGCGCUUCCCACGCCAAACACGCUCUGUACACCUCCACCGAGUGCGUACUCCCUCAACUCCACGGAUCCAAAGUCACCGUUCUAUGACCCCACGCUAGGCGUUGGUGCUCAUGUUUUCCGAGACUUGCACAUUACCGCACAACAGCAGAUAUUGCACAGUACAGUGAAGACUAUGCAGCGUGUGAUGAGUGAGAACGAAAGCUUUGGCUUUAGUUUGUUGAUUGGCAACCCAAAGGCAGCAAAGAUCCAGAGGAUGAUGAGUAAAAAGUACCUGGACUGAUCACGGGGACAAUGUUUUGAAACCUGCAGGCUCGCAGAUGAGCUGCCGUUCGUUGUUAUUUUUAUCAUGAGCCUUCAGCCCCUCUCUAUUCCUUAAGUAUGUAGAAGUUUAGCCUCAAGUACUGACUAGUUGCGAGCUGUGAAAACGACUCAGAGCUCAGAAGUAGAGCUUAUACUCC